GCUGUCGCUUUACGUGAGUUACGCGCCACCGGUCCUGGCGCCCUCAACUGUCGCGUCAAGCCCUUCGCUCUAACCCACCCUACUUGUGCGCCCCUGCCCUGCAUUCCUGCGGUCGCUGGUGCACCACUCCCCCUCCUGCCUCCUUCUCCGGCCGUUCUUCCGCCGGUUUCCCCCGCCUUUCCCCCUUCUUCGCCUCGAUCCGUGUAUUGCGCCCUCCUUCCGCCCAUGGCCCGCGGCACCGUGAGCGGUCGAGCGGCGGAGAUUCUGCGGAACACGCUGGGCGGCGUGCGAGGGCGGCAGAACGCGGCGGCGUGGGUGGUGGCGGGCACGGCGGCUUACUUCCUCUGGGUGCGCCCCGAGUGGGAGAAGCAACGCGAGCGCGAGGAGGCGAUGAGGAGAUGGAGGGAGAGUGGAGAGGCAGAGAAAUACGCAGAGAAGGUGGCACCAAGGGCCGACCCCCAGGUGGGUGGGCUCAUCAUAGGUCAAGCGCCCAAGCACAGUAACUAACCAGGGCACCACGACACCGCCGUAUCCCCUUUUUGUGACUCUUGCCGGUUCCUUCAUUGUGCUCACCUGAUGUUCAAAAUCCCUUGGGUAUUGGUAAAUGCUCUGCUGCUUGGGUUUGGUUUCAAGAUCACCUGCAUGUUUCCUGUAGGCUCCCUGUUUCCUACUGUACCUUACCUUCUGCCAGGUCAGUUCCACAUGUCAGAACUCAGCCACUAACCAACCAGAGAGUUAAAAGAGCUUGUUAAAGCCCGACCGGCAGGUUGCAAGUCAGUUCAGCUCAAGAUGCAUCAUCUUUAGCACCUGUUACAGGGAAGCAAUCGCUGAACUGACUGAGUUGGCCAAGCUGGCUCAAGCUGAACCUGUCAAACAUGUGUACCUCUUAUACUUUGCA